AUGAACAACAAUUCAAUGAAUGAUAUAAGCAGAGCUAACAUUCAUGCUGGUUAUAACGAACGCACUCAUUAUAAAAAUGUUUUGUCUAAUAUUAAUAAUAGCAAACCUAAUAAAGAUAUGCAAAAUCAAAUGAAUAAUACAGAAAACAUGGAAAAAAUACAUAAUACAAAUGCUGUAACAUUAAAUUCAAAUUGCAAUAUUAAUAAUAAAAUAAAUAAUUUUAAUAAAAGUUAUAUGAAUUCACAUCAAAAUAAUAAUAUGAAUACUAACACUUUGAAUCAUGUGUCAAAUACCAAUUUUCAUCAAGUUAAGAAUUUACAAAUGAAUAAUAUUACAGCAAAUUAUAAUCCGGCAAAUAAUAUAAAUCCUAACAUUCAAAAUAAUGAAAGUUUUAACAAUAAAGAUAUAAAUCAAAUGAAUCCUUCAAAUACAAAUGAUUCUAGCAAUGCAAACAACACAAUAAAUGUGAACUCUUCAGGAAAUACAAAUAAUUUAGUCUAUAUGAAUAAUACAAGCUAUCCAAACACUGCAGUAAAUAUAGACAAUACCGGAAAUUCUAAUACAAAUUCUGUAAAUAAUAUGAAUAUUAGCAAUAAUUUAAAUUAUAAUAUAAACGCAAGUUAUAAUAUGCAAAAUAAAAUAAUGACUAAUACCAAACCAGUGUAUAAUCAAUAUCCGUUAAAUAUGAAUACACCUAUGAAUAUAUAUCAAAAUAGUGAUAACUUAAAUAAUCCAAUGAGAAUGCCUAUGUAUCAUCCACAACCAAAUAUAAUGUAUAAUACUAUGAAUUAUAUGAACAGUAAAGCUUAUUUAAAACACUUGAAGUAUAAUAAAGUCAUUACAGCAGAUCCAAAUAUAAAGCCUAAUGAAACAAUUUAUAUAAAAAAUUUAAAUGAUAGAAUAAAACCAGAAGAAAUGAAAAAAAACUUAAAGGAACUAUUUAAACAAUUUGGAAUAAUUAAAGAUAUAAUUGUUAUGAAAUCUUUUUGGAGAAAAGGACAAGCAUGGAUAAUUUACGAUACAAUUGAAAGUUCAACAAAAGCUCUGAAUGCAAUGCAAGGAUAUUUCUUGUUUGGUAAAAUAUUACAAAUAAAUUAUUCGCAUAAUAAAAGCGAUAUACAUGCAAAAAAAGAAGGAACAUUUAUUGAGAGAUCAAAGCAGCCUAAGAAACCUAAGCAAAUUAUUGAAAGAGAACAGAAACAAAAAGAAAUUUUUGAAAAAAUGCACAAGAAUUAUUUAGAAAUGCAAAUGAAUAAUUUUAAAAUGAGCCAUAAUGAAGAGUCCAAAAAAAAAGAUGAAAAAAUUGAUUUGAAUCAAAUGGACAAACAAACAUUAAUUGCAAAAGCUCAAGCAAAAGCAUAUGAAGAAAAAAGUAAAAAAAAUGAGGAUUUAUCGAAAAACAAUAUAUUUUCACCAUAUUACCCCAUUAAUACAUGCCCUCCUGUUCAAAAUAAUGUUAUAAUACCUUAUAAAAUUCUAUUUGUUGAAAAUGUUGUGGAAAACGUUAACAUUCAAGCUUUUAAUGAUUUAUUUAAGAGUUUUGCAGGAUUUAUUGAAGCUAGAAUUAUACCUCAAAGAAAUGUAGCCUUUGUUGAUUUUUCUGAUGAAGGCACGGCAACAUAUGCAAUGAAAGUUUUGCAAAAUUAUGAAUUACAAGGAUCUAGAUUAAAAAUAUCAUAUGCUAAAAGAUAA